AUGGCCUCGCUAUCAACUUCAAAUCAGCACCCCAUCAAUGGGCGCCUCGCUUUUGGAACCACCGUCACUCCACCUUCCUCUAGUGAUGCUCCUCACUUGCAGGGACAAUUCCCCAAGGAUCCCUUUACCAACCAGGGGCGCAGACAAGGCUGGGUAGUACUCCAUAUCCUUGGUAUGAUCUACAUGUUUGCGUCACUUGCUUUUCUGUGCAAUGAGUUCUUUGUUCCUGCAAUGGAGGUCAUCAUAGACGAGUUUGACAUCUCUGACGACGUGGCUGGAGCUACCAUCAUGGCAGCUUCGAGAUCGUUCCCCAAGCUGUUCACCGCUGUUGUAGCAAUUUUCAUCUCCCAGAAGAAUGUGGGAAUAGGCACGGUUGUUGGCUCAGCAGUUUUCAACAUUCUUUUUGUGACUGGACUGUGCGCUUUAACAUCACGGGAGGUUCUUCAGUUGAGCAAGUGGCCUUUUUUCAGAGAUGUGACCUUCUACACAGUGGAUCUCGUCCUACUUGCCAUCUGUUACUUGGAUAAUGUCAUCAUGUGGUGGGAGAGUACGUUGCUGGUGACAAGCUACAUUUUAUAUUUAGUUUUUAUGAAGUUUAAUGUACAAAUCAAAUCAGCAAUGAAGAUGCAGCUCCUGAAAGAAACAAACAGUUUUGAAAUGGGUGAGGAAUAUGCAAUUAGAGGUCGUCCAGAGUUAGAAAGUAAAAAGAAUGAGCGCACUAACAAUAGAAACAAGAAACAAGAGGAGCCUGUUUCUUUAAAAUGGCCAAACACUCCAUACAAACAAGCCACAUUUAUUUUCCUGUUACCCAUAAAACUUCCUCUGUGCCUCACCAUUCCUGAUGUGCGCAAACAGAAUUUUAGAAAAUUCUUUAUGAUCACGCUGCUGAGCUCCAUUCUAUGGAUUACAGUCUUGUCCUAUCUCAUGGUUUGGUGGGCCCACCAGGUCGGCGAAACCUUUGGCAUCCCAGCAGAGAUUAUGGGCCUGACUGUCCUGGCUGCAGGGACAUCCAUUCCAGACAUCAUCACCAGCGUGAUCGUGGCCCGUAAAGGCCUCGGCGACAUGGCCACGGCCAGUUUAGUGGGCAAUAACAUAUUUAACAUCACUAUAUGUCUGCCUCUGCCGUGGCUGCUGUACUCACUCAUCCACGGUUUGCUUCCUGUGGCCGUCAACAGCGAUGGGCUUUCCUGUGCCGUUGCCCUCCUCUUCCUCAUGCUUCUCUUCUUCAUCAUCUCCAUUGUUUCCUGUAAAUGGAAGCUUGACAAGGUUUUGGGUUUCAUCAUGCUGCUGUUUUACAUAAUCUUUGUGGUGCUCAGUAUGACGCUGCACUUUCGCUUUCUGGUGUGCCCUGUUUAA